AAGGCUGCUGGAAACUGUCCGACUUCACCGCAGCUUUUUGUCACCGCCCCCCGCUGCGGCCGCCUGCUCUGGUCUACUUUCCAGGCGAGACGCAGUUCAUCUCGAACGUUUUGGGCCAAAAUGUGAAAAAGCCGUACUGGACAUCACGAGGUUGCAAUUGAGGUCUCGCGAUAGUUCGUUUCUUGAGCACACAGUACUUCCAUCAUGGCAGGCAGUAAGUUGGUGCUGGAAGGUAGAGUAAGUGUAAAAGCAUUUGUUUUAGGACUCAGCGUGAUUGUAAUUCCAUUAAUCAGAACGUGGUUUGGACAUCUCGACUGGGUCUUUGAUUAUCUGACGGAAACUCCCGGGAAAAUAGUGAUUUGUAUCCACAUUGCAGUUAUCAACGGCCUCUUGCUAAUCAUAUACAGAGGACCUCUAUACAAGGUUGCUGUGAGAGCCUGCUUUCUGGGAGUUACUUUUGGCUGUGGUUUAAUUAUAAGCUGCUCUGAAACCACUUGGACACAUUUCGGCUGGUACAUGUGCUCGCUGUCAUUCUUCCAUUACUCUGAGUACCUGGUGACGGCCAUCAUCAACCCUCGCAGCCUGUCACUAGACUCAUUCCUGCUCAACCACAGUGUGGAGUACACCCUGGCUGCGGUCUCAUCAUGGGUGGAGUUCACUGUGGAGAAACUGACCGUUCCAGAGCUGAAGCAGCUGAACUGGGUGAGCGUCGUGGGUCUGCUAAUGGUGUUGUGUGGUGAGGGCCUGCGGAAGGCAGCCAUGUUGACAGCUGGCUCUAACUUCAACCACAUUGUCCAGAAUGAGAAGGCCCAGAGCCAUGUGCUGGUCACCACCGGGGUCUACUCUUACUUCAGACACCCCUCUUAUGUGGGCUGGUUCUACUGGAGCACAGGAACACAGGUCAUGCUGUGUAACCCUGUGUGUAUACUGGGCUAUACGAUAGCCAGCUGGCGGUUCUUCCGGGAGCGAAUCGAGGAGGAGGAGCUCUCCCUCAUCCAUUUCUUUGCCGAGGACUAUGUGGAGUACAAGAAGAAGGUUCCCACUGGGCUGCCCUUCAUCUCAGGCAUCCGUGUCAACUAGUCCCUGGACCUGGAUGCUGGACUCAGCAGACUUUAAGCACUAAGGCUCGUCAGACCUGGUGGGUGUGUGGCAUCUGCCAUUGUGGCUGCCCUCCAGAGGGAAACCCUGCAGCUGGCUGAGAGCCUGUAGCUCACAGACAGAGACUGUGACAACUGGGAUGGCGGCACGCAGCUGGGCUGCUGUUUUUCUACCAACUUCCAAAUCCAGUUAAAGACCGGACAACCUCCACUGUACCACAUGUAUUCCAAUAACACCCACCCCAUCUGUUUAUGUUUGCAUGCUUAGACCAUGCUAAGAGUUUUCACUGAUGACCUGCUGUUUAAAGAUACUGCACUGGGCUCUUUGAUGUCAUAUAUCAGCAGAGAGUUAAAUGACAAUUCUCUGAAGAUUAAUGCAAUGUUUGGAGGGAAUCCAUCAUGUUUAUUUUUUUUUCUUUAAUGAUAGGAUAUGAAUAUUUUUAAGAAGUUGCCACCACUGUCCCUAGUUCAGUAAAAAAAUCCACUGUUCCUAAAUGUUCCUACUUUUGAGAAAUGCUUGAAGGUAAACUGUGUAAGAAUAGGGGGAUUUGGUGGUGUCUAGCAGUGAAUUACAGAUUGCAACCAGCUAAAACUUCUCCUGGCUAGAAUUCCUUCAGUGUUCAUUGUUCAGAAGGUUUUUAUAGAAAGCCAAAUUAUCCACAACGAUCCAUUCAUCACCACAACAAACAGACCAGGUGAUUAAACUGGUAAAAACACUGAGUAAGGUGCCAUACACAUACCAUGUUUUUGCGCCCUCAAAUUCAUUGUUUUUAAUGAAGACCCACAGCGGGUGCGCUCAAAUGCCAGAGUGACACCAUUGCAGCGCACACCCUUUCCCUAACGCCUGUUUUUCAGGGUGCAACAGUUGCGCCCAGAGAUAAACAGAGUUCACCUUUUGGAUCACAGCUGACAGCUCUUCAUCCGAGAAUCAGUCUGUAAAAAACAAGGAGAAGUUGAUCAUUUUAGUGCAGGGCUGCCAGAGCUUUACAUCUGUCCCACAGACAGUAGGCCUGGACACAAACCGCACCUGGAAGAAGAUCAGCUCUGCACUCUCAAUUUCAGGUAAAUAGUUAUGAUACAGUGCUUGUUAAGGUUGCCUAGCAACCUUAGAUGCAGCCUGCUGCCACACUCUUGAAAGCUGGCACAAGACACAAAACAAGAGCAGCAACCAAUGCCCAACCUCUUGUUUUCCAGGCGAUUAAAGACAUGGCCUGUGUAUGGCCCCUAAAGCAGUUUCAUGUUACCAACCAGUGUAACUCCAGCGCUGCUCAUGCAGUUGAGCUUCUUACUAUGGCAGCUGACGCGAAAACUCAGACGGCCCUAUGCGGAGUCGGUGUUGGGUUUGUCUGAUCUUGGCUACUGUAGAAACGUGGUGCAAAAUAGUGAUCUCCAUAAAUGAAGACCUGAUCCAUAUGUAGACAUAAAUGGCUCAUACCGAGAUAAGGAGAACACAACAAUCCUUAUCUUCAGGUGAUUAUACAUUAAAAUAAACAUACUUAUUAUGUUAUGUUCUAUUUCUGUCAAUAUAUCCCCCUAAAUCCUACACACUGGACCUUUAAAGCAAUUCUCCCCUGGAAAUAGUAUCACUUAGAUAUCAGUCAGUCAUCCCCUAAAGUAGAGCUCUUCACAGAUCCAUUCUGUGUCUAGUAUCAAAGAGCCAUCUCUGGACAUGAGGCUGUGUCAAAAUAAUUUUGAGUUCUAUCAGGUCCGAUAGGGUCCUGUUGUAUCGCUGCAGGUCUCCGAUCUGCAUGUAUCAUUAUGAGGCCAAUGGAGAGUGUGAAAUGCGCAGGAUAUACGACGUGUUUGCAUUGUUAGGGCCAAUUCUCUAUUUUUGUUUUGUUAAUCUAAUGUGUUAAAACACAUCAUGUUAGAGUGUGUCUUCCACAGGUCUGUUUCUGAUUGGAUUUGUUUGAGAGUGCAGACCUCUUCCCUCUUUAAAGGCAACUCUGAAAGGUUUGUGUCUUGCCCCUUUAUGGAAGGUGGCUGCUUUAGGCAACUCACAUUCACAGUAGUUACAGUACAAAAAUGAGCCAAACGUAUAGACCGCUGCAAAUAGUUUCUCCACACCAGAGCUACAUGCACUACUUCAUCAUGCCAUGGCCUCCACAUCGCUCCGGAGCUCUGCCACAACUUGUGUGUUUAGGGUGAGAGUUUAAGCAGCAGUUGAACAUACACAUAUUUUCGGUCAUGUCUAUGUAUUUUUUAAGGUGGAAAAUCCUUCAACAGAAUAGACCAUGUGCCGCUCAAGCUGUCCACUAAAACUAAGAAUAUUGGUAGCUCUUUAAACACCACAUGGGUAAACCAGUACAGUGGAGCAAGAAGUGACAUUACAUUUUUUUAAUUUAAGAAUUUAUACUCAGAAGCUUUAUGUAACAAUAUUAGAAGUAAUAAAUGUGUAAUAGGUUUCUAGCAGGUUUUAGGGACUGCUUAAAUGCAGUUUCUGUGGAAGCUCCAUCAUUUACAGAUCACUAAAUAUAUAUAGCCAGUAGUGUCCUGAUUUAUGUCUAACCCUGAUAUCCACUUCCUCAAUGUGCACUCUAAAACACAAAUCACGGCAUCAGUUUGAAUGAAACUGUCAGGCAGAUUUUUAAAGUUUUUUUAUGAAGCUGCAUAAAAUGAUAAUUCCUUGUUUGUUUCUCUGUCAUUUAACUGUGACAUGUUUCUGUAGACAGGAGCAUGUGGCAUGAUAGAUUGUGAUUCUACAAGUUGUGUUUCAUCAAAGAAAAUAAGAACUGGGUUUACCUCCUGAGCAUUGUCAGUACAGGAAUGGAAGUGUUGACAUCAAUCUCUGUUGUAGCCUCUCAUUUCAUUUUUAAUAUAUAAAUCUUGUUUUUGCUUUGCUUUGUGAUAAGUCA